AUCAAAUGGCGAUUUGUUGCAAUUGCGAUUGAAUGAAAACGUCAGCGUAACAUAUGAAUUCUGUGUUGCUACCUUGAUGUAUUGUUAUUUAACGACCAGAAAUGAAGAUAUCAAUCACUACCGAGUCAGAUGAAUUCUACACAGUUGACGUUAGCGCCGACUUGGAGGUGGAAAAUUUCAAAGCAUUGUGCGAAUUGGAAUGCAAUAUUCCGGCAUCAGAAAUGACAAUUGUUUUCGAGGGACACGUGCUGGAUGAUAACCAGAAACCGCUCGCAGCAUACGGCUUAAAAGAUACCGACGUGGUGUUAGUAAAGCGCCAGCAGGCUGGUGCAGGCAAUGCGAGUAAUGCACCAGGAUUCCCAUUCAACUUUGACUUCAGUAGCAUCCCUGUUCCCACAGACCAUGGGGCCCAGCAACAGGCACCUGCAGCAUCUGGUUCGAGUAGGCAAGAGGAGCCUUCUCCUGAACAACUGAGGCAGAUGCUACUGGCCAGUCCACAUGACCUCGCCUUACUGAAGGAGAACAAUCCUAGGCUUGCUGAAGCUCUGCUCAGUGGAGACCUAGACCGGUUCAAAAUGGUUUUGGAAGAACAGCAGAAGAUAAAGAGGGAGAGAGACCUCUUGCGCAUUCGCAUGAUGAAUGCUGAUCCAUUCGAUAUGGAAGCACAAAAAUUAAUUGCUGAAGAAAUCCGGUUGAAAAACGUGGAAUCAAACAUGGAGCAAGCCAUUGAACAUGCACCAGAGAGUUUUGGCCAGGUUAUUAUGCUUUACAUUGACUGCAGAGUUAAUGGACAUCAAGUGAAAGCUUUUGUAGAUUCAGGAGCACAGACGACGAUAAUGAGUCAAGCAUGUGCAGAACGUUGCAACAUCAAACGACUGAUUGACACGAGGUGGGCGGGCGUUGCGAAAGGUGUUGGCACGCAAAAAAUCAUCGGAAGAGUUCAUCUAGGGCAGAUACAGAUCGGUAAGGACUUCCUCACGUCGUCGUUUUCCAUACUCGAGGACCAACCAAUGGACAUGCUUCUAGGCCUGGACAUGCUACGGAGACAUCAGUGUAUCAUCGAUCUGAAGCGCAACCUGCUCGUCAUCGGCACGACGGGCACAGAAACAUCGUUCCUCGUCGAGUCGGAGCUGCCGGACUGCGCGAGGCUAAACCGCAGCGACGGUGCUGCCACCGCCGACGCCGCCGCCGAUCAGGAGAUGGAGGACGAGCAACUCGCCAAGGCUCUGUCCGAGUCGUCUGACGCCGCGCACACACCCGCCCAACCUGCCGCUGCCGACACUGCUGCAGGUUCGGCCGGUUCCCCGCAGCCUCCGAGCGCAGCGGACCCCGAUGCCGGCGGCUCAAUUGCAGAGACGAGCAUCCAGGCGCUGAUGGGCAUGGGCUUCACGCGAGAACAGGCAAGGGAGGAGCUCGUCCGACAGGCGGGCGACCUAAACAAGGCGGCGGGCGUCCUGUUCGCGAAGUCGUUUGGCAAGUUUUGAUGUCGCGAGCGAGGGGUGCGCGCGAUCGUCGCUGAGCUGUCGUCGUCGUCGUAUUCGUCGUGUUUGGUGAUCACUAGCGCGUUGGUAACCGUCGCCACUGCGUGUACAGACAGCGCGGUCGACACGCGUGUGCGUGCUCCUCUGUUGACGACGACGUCGCCAGGAUCGCUGUUCAUGUUGUGAAUCGCUAUGCGCGAUACGAGCUGGGUGGGCAGGUUACGUACGCUCGAUGAAGCGUAGCGCAAAUUCUUACUGACACUAGGAAGACGUACGAGGGGCACAGGCCAUGGCGCGGCCAUGGUCAUGGCCAUGGUCUGUCCAUGGCGCGGGUUUCAACUUCAUUUUUUCGAGUUGGUUUCGUACGGUCGCUUGAAACCUAGGCAGUUUCGCAACUCUGUCAAAAAAUUGUUACGCUUCAUUGUACAUAGUGAUGCAUUUCUGAGAAUUUUUUACGAGAUUAGCUGACGGUGAUUGAAGUCUCUAAAACAUGUUAUAAGACGGGUAAAUACUACAGAACAAAUCUCAUGUGUCUUUUAUCAUAUGCAAAACCAUAUUCGUCUCUGGAGAUAUAAGUACAUUCCUCAUCCUGCUUGAAAGUGUCUAGCUAAUCAUAGUGUGAGGUCCCUCUAUUUAAGAAUAUAUACGGUGGUGAUGUAUUCGCAUCUAUUUUGAUAUGUGUGUAAACAGUGAUGCUGUUUUUUUCUUGGGGCUUCAUUAUAAUAAUAGUAGUAUAGUACUUAUAUUGUACACAGUUGUGCAUUUGAAUGCUAAGUCACUGCGCCACCUACGAGCUUUAACAACGUGGGCCAUAUAUCCUGUUACAGCUGUCGUUGCCGGUGCAUUUCAUCAGUGUAACACACGUAUGCUGACAGAUUAUCUGUGCAAGGACACGUGCUUGUAUCAGGUAAAUGCCUGCCUCGCUGUCACGUAGGUUUUUGUCGUGACUUUUAACUUGAGUUCCAAAUGACAAGAGGCUCAGUCAAUAUUUGGCAUUAACAACAUUAAUUAUUUCCACC